AUGCCUGGUCUUUUCCGCAGAUACGAUGAGGCCCUGGCCAGAGAGGAGUACAUGCAGCACUUGAGGAAUGUCGCAGCCACACAGAACCUCUCGGAAGACACCAGGCAGCGGUCGUUGGGCUUGACGAUAGGCUUCACCGUCUUUGCGACGGUUGUCGUCGCCAUGCGUUUCCUCGCCCGGAGGAAGCAAGGGGCAGCCAUCAUGGUGGAUGACUGGCUGACUGUGGUUUGUUUGUUGGUGCUGUUUGGUAACAUGGCCAUCAACAUCUGCCUCAUCAACAUCGGCGUCGGUUUACACACGGGAUCUCUAACCUACGACCAGCUGGCCGCAAUGAACAAGGCGCUCAUCGGGGCAGAGAUCCUCUACUUUACGGGCGUCAACAUGUUCAAGAUCUCGCUGCUGUUCCUCUUCAUCCGCAUCUUCCCCGUCGCGAGCGUUCGCAAGUGGGCCUUUGUCUUUGGCGGCAUCUCGACGGCCUGGAACGUCGCGUGCAUCUUCUGCGCCAUCUUCCAGUGCCUGCCGCAGGAGAAGCUGUGGAAGCCGUGGCUGCAAGGCGGCUGCAUCGACCUGUUCCUGACGCAGCUGUGCGUCAGCGUGCCCGUCAUCCUGCUGGACAUUUGCAUCCUGCUGCUGCCGCUGCCCCAGGUCUGGAGGCUCAACAUGAACAGGACCCAGAGGGUGUUUCUGACCAUCAUCUUCCUGCUCGGGUCGUACGUUCUAACAACACCCCCUUCCAAAUCCCUUCAAACAGACACACUCGGAGACGGCAUCGCCUGGAACAUAAUCGAGAUCAGCAGCGGCAUCAUAUCCGGCUGUCUGCCAACCCUGGGGCCCUUGGCCCGGCCCAUCUUCAAAGGCCUGACGAGCAUCACGAGCAUCAAGGCCAGCAAGUACGGCAGGCCAUCCAACGCGGGCUACUCCAAAGACGCCCGGUGCAACACCGACGUCGCCACGGGCGGCCACGGCAGCAGCAGUCGCCACAACAGGAACCGGAGCAGCCUCGGCCUGACGGCGUCGUCGUCGUCCCACGCCCACUUUGGCUCCGGGGACAUGCUGGCCGCAGCGCAGGCCGACGACCAUCUGGAGCUCGACGCCAUCAGCUCGCACACCAGAGGCGCCAGCGGCGACGGGUUCCACGGAAGCCUGGACUACGGCCUGUCCGAGGCGGGCGGGAGGAAGGACUCGCAGAUCGACUGGGUCAUCCACGAGAUAGACGAGGGUGGGAGCAGCGAGGGCCAUCAGACCGCUACAAAGUAA